GCACUUCCGGCGGAAGUAGACGGAGGUUGGGCGGGCAUGGCGGCUGCGAAGGAGGAAGCCGCGGCGGCGGCGGCGGAGGAGCGCGUGCGGGUCUGGGCGGCGGCUCAGGUGGCGAGCGGGCGGCGCGUGGCGCUGGUGACUUCGGGCGGCACGCAGGUGCCGUUGGAGACGCGGGCCGUGCGCUUCCUGGAGAACUUCAGCAGCGGGCGACGCGGCGCGGUGUCGGCGGAGCGCUUGGUGAGCGCCGGGUACGGCGUUUGCUUCCUGCACCGCGCGCGCUCCGCCUUCCCCUGGGCCCGCGUGCUGCCGCCGCCCGGCCCCGCGCUGCUCGACGCCCUCUGCCUCACCCCGGGGCCGCCCCCCGGCGUGGCCGCCGACCCCGCCGCCCUGCCCGCCCUGCUGCCCGCCCUCCGCGCCUACCGGCAGGCAGCCGACGCGGGUGCGCUGCUGUCGCUCGAGUUCACCAGUCUGAACGAGUACCUGGCGCUGCUCCGCGCCACCGCCCGCGCCCUGGCGCCAUUCGGCUCUGGUGUCAUGUUUUACCUGGCAGCUGCAGUGUCUGAUUUCUACAUCCCUGCCUCAGAGAUGUCUGAGCACAAGAUCCAGUCCUCAGAGGGAGCCCUGCAGAUUACAAUGAAGAUGGUGCCAAAAAUGCUGUCUCCUCUCGUCAAAGAAUGGGCUCCGGAGGCUUUUGUUAUUUCCUUUAAAUUGGAAACAGAUCCCUUGAUCUUGAUCGAUAAAUCACGCCAGGCUCUGGAGAAAUACCGUCACCAGGUGGUGGUAGCAAAUAUCCUGGAGUCACGAAGAACCUCUGUUAUUAUUGUAACCAAAGACUCACAGACUCCAUUAUCUCUUUCUGAGGAGGAAAUAGCGCAAGGCGUGGAAAUAGAAGAAAAAAUAGUGAGUUAUCUUCAGGGCCAACAUACCUUAUUUAUGGAAAAGAAAAUCUGAUGAGCAGCUGUGGAUGGAGCAAAUGAAGUUGUACUAGAGAGAGCAGAAUUGGAGCAACUCUUUGUCCCACGUGAAUAGAAUAAUAAUCAGAGCAACCCUACGGAGGAGGCUGCCGUCCAAAACUCUGCACUUUUCUACUGCUUGGUAAUAGUUGCUAUAGCUUGCUUUAAAAAAAAACAGUAAAGUGCACUGAAGUGAAAGCAUUCCAAAGGAUGGUAUUUGUUCUAGUCUGUAAAGAAGGAAAGGUUAUGUUGUAUUUCUGUUCCAUGCCCUGGGAAAGGGAGAAAUGGUACUUAUAAAAUGUUUUCUCGAA